AUGCAAAAUGCAUUGUCGCGGUCUCAGGAAAGUGCAGAAGCACAUGAGAUGCGGCUGUCAAUUAACCGAGAGUGCCAUGCUAAGUCACGCGCGUCAGAGACGUUCACGCAGCAAGAGACGAGGCUGAGUUCUCAGCGCAACCGCACUGAUGUCGCUCGAUCUUGUGAGAGUGUUGAAGGGCGACAAGCGCGUUUGGAAAGUGAUCGGGAGCGCCACGCUGAGUCCCGCGCAGCCGAGACGUAUACGCAGCGCGAGAUGAGACUAAGUUCGCAGCGCAGUCGCACUGAUGCCGCUCGAUCUUGCGAGAGUGUCGAAGCGCGGCAAAUUCGACUGGAAAGUGAUCGGGAGCGCCACGCUGAUUCUCGCACAUCUGAAACGUACACGCAACGAGAGGCGAGGUUAUGUUUGCAGCGGAGCUGCGCUUCUUUUUCUCGGUCGAUUGAAGACGAUGAAGAACGGGAGACCCGCUUAAGAAGAGACCGCUCUCAGCAUGCCCUGUCACGUUCUUUAGAGACAGAUGAGCAGCGUGAAGAACGUCGUGCAGCUGCUCGGCAGCGGUACCACGAACUGCUGGGAGAUGCGUCUACUCAUCUAUCACAAGAACGGGACAGAAUUCAAGAGAUUCGGGGAACUUGGUCGGACGAACAGCGUGCGGCACAAGUAGAACAAGAUCGCCUGCGUCGUAACGUAAAUCAGCUUUCAACAUCUGAUGAGGAAUCCACGGUUUACGAUAUCGAAGAGCAACCAUGGCUAAACAAAGAGGGAAGUGGAUUUAUGUACAAUGUUGCGAUUAACUACGCCGCUUAUGGCAAUAUUGAUUGGUGCCUUAGAAGAAGUGUGUGCUCACUGCCAAGCACGCAAAUGGAGAAAGGGGAGCCAAAUGGGAUGUGUUGUGCAUCUGGUAAGGUCCGCUUGGACUCUAUGCAGGACCCGCCAGACCUGUUAAGAGUCCUAUUAAAUGGCGAGCAUCCAAAGUCCAGCCAUUUUUUUAAAAACAUCCGAGCUUAUAAUAGCGCCUUCCAGAUGACUUCGUUUGGUGUAAAUCAAAUCGUUGAAGCAGGAUUCAUGCCAACAUUCAAGGUACAGGGGCAGGUUUAUCAUCAAAUCGGUUCUUUACUACCAACAGACACGCCAAAAUUUUUGCAAGUUUAUUUUAUUAGCGAUUUCCAUGAACAAGCCAACGUGCGUAGCAGACACAUUCCCAAUUUGGACUCUGGUCUGGUCAGGGGAUUGCAAAGUAUGUUGCAUAAUGUGAAUCCACACAUUGAGAACUUCAAAGCCGCCCUGGCGUCGGUGCCUGAGAACGAGCGCAACCGCUUUAACUAUCAAGGCAAAAUUGCCAUUGCUGCAGCGUCGUCGGGAAUCGCUGCUACACUACUUCCUGGUGGCAAAACGGCACAUGCCAUGUUCAAAAUUCCCAUCGACUUAGAGAGCACCGAAACUCCUGUUUGUGGUGUGUCACACAACAGUGACAAGGGACACGUGCUAAAGGAUUGCUCUCUGGUCGUAUGGGAUGAGUGCACGAUGGCAAAUAGGAAGGCAGUUGAGGCCGUGGAUAGAACCCUGCAGAACAUCCGCAGGAACGAACACUUGAUGGGCGGUGUUACAGUUCUGUUUAGUGGUGAUUUCCGACAAACGCUUCCCGUGGUAACGCGGGGAUCUAGGGCUGACGAGGUGAAUGCUUCGUUGAAACGAUCAGCGUUAUGGUCACGCGUUCAUACGCUGCGCUUGACCAUCAAUAUGAGAGCUCAGCUAGGCGGCAAUGCACGCGCUCAAGAAUUCUCUGAUGUCCUUCUAAGUCUCGGCGACGGUACUCUACCAGAGGAGAGGGGCGGACAGGUGGUGCUCCCAGAAUCUCUCGGUAGAGUGGUAUCCACCUUAGAUGAACUCAUUCGCUGCGUGUACCGGGAUAUCAGUCGAAUACCGCACCAGCCGAAUUCUUGGGCAUGCGAGCGGGCCAUUUUGACGCCUAAAAAUGAUCAAGCUGCAGCAAUCAAUGAAAGCAUUCUCUUGGAAAUUGAGGGGAUUGAAGUGGUGUACACCUCCAUAAACACCGUAGUCGAGCAAGAUGAUGCCACACACUAUCCGGUGGAAUUUCUCAACUCCCUCACAGCAAGUGGACUUCCAGCACAUAACAUCAAGCUGAAGUUCAAGCGCGUGCAGUUCCCUGUGAGUGUUUGCUUCGCGAUGACUAUCAAUAAGUCACAGGGACAGACACUGAAGGCUGCGGGUGUCGACCUAAGGACGAGCUGCUUCUCACACGGACAACUGUACGUCGCUUGCUCCCGCGUCACCAGUCCUGACUCUCUAUACAUUUUGGCUACUGAGAGCAAAACUACAAAUGUAGUUUAUAGAGAAAUUUUAUAA